AUGACAACAAUAAUCAAUUACAAUAGUAACUACUACAAUUAUCAUCUCAUCAAUGAUCCAAAAUAUUUCUCGGAUAUAUCAUCGUCAAUUAAACAAUUUUCAUCAUCGUUGUCCCCAAAGGAAAAAUACCAUUAUAAAUUAUCAGGUCCAACUCCUCCAUUAACACCGCCACGUCAAGAUCGUUGUAUUACCACUAAAAGACGCAAAAGAAAUAAUUCAUCGUCAUCUUUGUCUUCCAACUCGUCGUCGUCCUCCUCAUCUGUAUUACCUUCACCAUUAUUGAUGAAAAAUUCUAAUGGAAACAUGAUCAAUUUAUUGAAUAACAAUGACGAUUAUAACAGAGCAAUCGAUGAUAAUGGUGAUGUAUCAACUUUACAAGAUCUUCCAAUGUUUCGUCUUAAAGCGAAUUCAACUGCUGAUCAACAAAAACAGACAAAUGCAACGAUUGCUACUGUUAAUGAUGAAAGAAAAUCUUCUUUAUCAUACUCUGAUGAUGCACUAUGUGAAAUCUCCAAUAAUAAUAAUACUUCUUUAUUAACAAGCAAACGUAAAUAUCCAUGUUCUUUUCCAAAUUGUGGAAAAAGUUUCACCACAAGGUGA